GGCCAGUCUUAUGAUUUUGCCAACCAUAUAAAGAUUGCAAAUCCCCCAUCCAACCCAUUUCUAUCCUAACUCAACCCACAAUGGAAUUAGCCACUGCUGCCGUAUUAGGUACCCAACUCUUGGAAGCUAAGUACCAAGUGAAAGGUGACUUUUUACUUGUGCAAAAUAUCAUCAGAAAGGCCCUACCAUUCUUGUGGAAUGUCAAGAAGGGGAAAGCCAGUUACUGGUACACCUACGAAAAAAGUGUGUUGAAAAACCCCAACAACCAGUGUAUUGCCUUCCCUAGACCCAAAGCCAAUCCUCCUCCUGUGAGAAUUGAUGACAGCGGGUAUAAGAUCUAUGAUGAUCAGUUUGAGUUGGAAACAUACACAUACAAACAAUUUUACGAUAUGGUGUUGCGGUUCAGUUUCAUCUUGAAGAACGACUACGGUGUGACGGGUGACCAGACCAUCGCCAUCUCGUGUAUGAACAAACCGUUAUUUUUACUUUUGUGGUUGUCUCUCUGGAACAUUGGUGCGCUCCCUGCGUUCUUGAACUUCAACAUCAAGGACAAGCCAUUGGUGCAUUGUCUCAAGAUCGUCAACGUAUCACAGGUGUUUGUGGAUCCAGACUGUGCCACUCCCAUGAAGGAGACCGAAGGCAUGAUCAAUUCAGAGUUGCCACAGGUGAAGUUGCACUAUUUGAAUGAAAAAGAGUUGUUCAGGAUCUUGGCCGAUGAGCUGAGGCCCAAGUACAGAGCUCCCGACAACACCCGGAGAGUCAAUGACCAGGACCACGACGCGUCGGCGUUGAUCUACACGUCUGGUACCACUGGUUUACCCAAGGCGGGAAUCAUGUCGUGGAGAAAGGCGUUUAUGGCAUCGGCAUUUUUUGGGUAUAUCAUGAAAAUCACCAAGAAAUCCAACGUAUUGACGGCCAUGCCGUUGUACCACUCGACGGCCGCGAUGUUGGCCGUAUGCCCGACGUUAUUGGUGGGUGGAUGUGUGUCUGUGUCGCAAAAGUUCUCUGCCACUUCUUUCUGGACUCAAGCCAAGUUAACCAAGGCUACUCACGUGCAAUACGUGGGAGAAACAUGUCGGUAUUUGUUAAACACCCAACCUCAUCCCGACCAGAAAAAUCACCUAGUCAAGAUUGCUUAUGGGAACGGAUUACGACGUGACAUCUGGAAAGAAUUCAAAGAUCGGUUCAACAUCAAGGGAAUCGGUGAGUUCUACGCUGCCACCGAGUCUCCUAUUGCCUUGACCAAUUUGCAGUUUGGGGAAUACGGGGUUGGUGCCUGUAGGAAGUAUGGAAGUAUUAUCAACUCGGUGUUGUCAUUGGAACAAAGAAUUGUUAAAAUGGAUCCCGAUGAUCAGGAAGAAAUCUUGAGAAACCCUGCCACCGGUUUGUGUGAAGUGGCUGACUAUAAUCAACCAGGUGAGUUGUUGAUGAAGAUCCUCAACCCUGAAAAGAUUGAGUCCAGUUUCCAAGGAUACUAUGGAAACAAGGAUGCCACCUCCAAGAAGGUCAUCAGAGACGUUUUCAAGAAGGGAGAUGCUUGGUUUAGAUCCGGUGACUUGUUGCGCAUGGACCAGGAUCAACUAUUGUACUUUGUGGACAGAUUAGGUGAUACUUUCCGGUGGAAGUCAGAAAAUGUUAGUGCCAGUGAAGUGGAAAACGAGUUGAUGGGAUCGAAUGCAAUUUUACAAAGUGUGGUGGUGGGAGUCCAAAUUCCUAAUCAUGAAGGCAGAGCUGGUUUUGCCGUUGUUGAACCAAAACAAGGUUUAGAUGAACAACAGGUUUUGGAUCAAAUAUACAACCAUGUGAGCACCUGCUUGCCAAAAUAUGCGGUUCCCCAGUUUAUCAAGUUUGGUCAAAUUGAAGCUUCUCACAAUAAUAAGGUUCCUAAAAAUCAGUAUAAGAAACAGAAAUUACCCAAAGGCGACUCAGGUUCUGAAACUGUCUAUUGGUUGAACAAGACAAAGUAUGAGGAAUUGACCAACGACUCUUGGGCUAGAAUAUCCAACGGUCAAGCUAAAUUAUAAUUCUGAACAUAUACAACAAUACACAUGAGGUAACAUUUAACCUAUUUAGUUUUUGUCAGAAAUGGCCGUGACACCAGGUAAUUCCUUACCUUCUAAUAAUUCCAAGGAAGCACCACCUCCAGUAGACACAUGAGACAAUUUGUCAACCACUCCGUACUUCUUGGCCACAGUGGCGGUGUCACCACCUCCAAUAAUAACAGUGUUACCGGCUUCAGCAGAUUUGACAGCAGCAUCCAACAACGACUUGGUACCACUGGCAAAUUUUUCAAACUCAAACACACCAGGUGGACCGUUCCAAACAAUGGUCUUAGCCUUGGCAACGGUGGCUUCGAACAAUUCCUUUGAUUUUGGACCACAGUCCAAUCCCAUCCAGUGGUCUGGAAUACCUUCUUCUUCAGUGGCAGUGGCAGUGUUGGCAUCUUUGUCAAACUUGUCAGCAGUAACGAAAUCAACUGGUAACACCAAUUCCACUCCGUUCUUCUUGGCCUUGGCAACCAAAUGUUCAACGUUCUUGGCUCCAGCUUCAUCAAACAAAGAGUCACCAAUUGGCAUGUUGUCCAACACCUUUUUAAAGGUGAAGGCCAUACCACCUCCAACAAUCAACAAGUCAACCUUGUCUAACAAGUUGUCGAUCAAUUGGAUCUUAUCACUAACCUUGGCACCUCCCAAAAUUGCCAAAAAUGGUCUGGUUGGGUUUUCCAAAGCCUUAGCAAAGUAUUCCAAUUCCUUGGCCAUUAAGAAACCAGCAGCCUUUUGGGGCAAGUCCAAACCCACCAUGGAGGAGUGGGCUCUGUGGGCUGUUCCAAAUGCAUCGUUGACGUACACAUCGGCCAAAGCAGUCAAUUGUUGUCUGAAUUUAGCCACAUCUUCCUUAGAAGCCUUGAUCUUUUCACCAUCAACCUUCUUGCUACCUUCUUCUUCAAUGUGGAAUCUCAAGUUUUCCAACAAGAACACUUCUCCGUUAGAAGCACCGUUAAUAGCAGCUUCGACAUCAGGACCGACAGAGUCACUCAAGAACUUGACAGGCUUCUUUAAUAAAGAAGACAAUUCUUCAGCAAUAGGAGCCAAUGAGUACUUGUCAGCCUUUUCACCAUUAGGUCUACCCAAGUGAGAGGCCAACACAAUGGCUUUAGGCUUGUUUUCCAAGACGUAUUGAAUAGUUGGUAAAGCAGCAACAAUACGUUGGUUGUUGGUGAUCUUUUUACCAUCUAAAGGAACAUUAAAGUCGACUCUAAUGAACACUCUUUUGUUGGUGACAUCUAAGUCCUUGACGCUUAAUUUGUUUGAUAAAGACAUGGUUGUAAAUCGUAAUCGAGUAAUUGAGUGGUUUCUGCAAAAAAAAACCUGAAUUUCUGAGUCUAUUUAUAUGUAGAUCAGUUUUU